AUGUCUAAGACUAAUGCUGUUGAAUCAGCUACUGAUAAAAAUGAACUUAAUGAAUUCGAGCAACACUAUUUCAACUCCUAUGAUCACUAUGGUAUCCAUGAAGAGAUGUUACAGGACACUGUUCGUACGCUAUCUUAUCGUAACGCCAUUAUUCAGAACAAGGAUUUAUUCAAAGACAAGAUUGUGCUAGAUGUUGGUUGUGGAACCGGUAUUUUGUCGAUGUUUGCUGCAAAAAAUGGAGCAAAGCAUGUUAUUGGUGUGGAUAUGUCCAGUAUCAUUGAGAUGGCAAAGAAAAUUGUUGACAUUAAUGGGUUAUCUGACAGGAUUACUUUGCUACGUGGUAAGCUAGAAGACGUUGAACUUCCGUACAAGAAGGUUGAUAUUAUUAUUUCAGAAUGGAUGGGUUACUUUUUGCUCUACGAGUCUAUGUUAGACACUGUUCUCUUUGCUCGUGACAAAUACUUAGUGGAAGGGGGGCUUAUUUUCCCAGAUAAAUGUUCUUUGCAUGUUGCUGGCUUAGAAGAUGCUCAAUAUAAGGAUGAAAAGGUUAACUAUUGGCAGGAUGUUUACGGAUUCGAUUAUUCGCCAUUUAUGCCGUUGGUUAUGAGGGAGCCUUUGGUUGACACUGUCGACAAUGCGGCUGUCAACACCACCAAAAGUAAGUUAAUUGAAUUUGAUUUAAAUACGGUUACUGUUGCGGAUCUAGCAUUUGAAAGUAAAUUUACACUUACUGCUAAGAGAAAGGAUUUUAUAAACGGUUUGAUUUCAUGGUUUGACAUUCAGUUUCCCGCCCCAGAAGGUGUGAAGCCAGUUACAUUUUCUACCGGUUCACAUGCUCCAUACACGCAUUGGAAACAAACGGUGUUUUACCUGAAUGACGAUUUAGAAGCUGAUUCAGGGGAUAUCUUAGAGGGUAAGUUAACCUGUACACCUAAUAAGCUACAUAGCAGAGAUUUGGAUAUUAAAAUCUCUUAUGACUUUAAGGCUAUUGGCCCUGAUGCUGCAGAAAGGUCUACACAAAACACGAACAACUAUUUAAUGCAUUGA